GCGGGGGCCGCGCGGGGCCGGGCCCGGGGCCGCUGACAGCCGCCGCCGCGCCAUGUACGCCAAGGGCAAGGGCUCCGGCGUGCCCUCGGACGGCCAGGCCCGCGAGAAGCUGGCACUCUACGUCUACGAGUACCUGCUGCACGUGGGGGCCCAGAAAUCUGCCCAGACCUUCUUGUCGGAGAUCCGAUGGGAGAAGAACAUCACGCUGGGGGAGCCCCCCGGCUUCCUGCACUCCUGGUGGUGCGUUUUUUGGGAUCUGUACUGCGCCGCUCCGGACCGCCGGGAGACCUGCGAGCAUUCCAGCGAGGCCAAAGCCUUCCAUGACUACAGCGCGGCGGCAGCGCCCAGCCCGGUGAUGGGGAACCUGCCCCCCGGGGAUGGCAUGGCCGGGGGUCCCGUGCCCCCCGCCUUCUUCCAGCCUUUCAUGUCCCCCCGCUACCCCGGCGGCCCCCGGCCCCCGCUCCGGAUGCCCAACCAGCCCCCCGUGGGUGUUCCUGGCUCCCAGCCGCUGCUGCCCAACGCCAUGGACCCGGCUGCACGGGCACAGGGGCAUCCUGGCAUGGGGGGCCCGAUGCAGCGCAUGAACCCCCCCCGAGGCAUGGCCGGGAUGGGGCCGCAGAGCUACGGCAGUGGGAUGCGCCCCCCCCCCAGCUCGCUGGCCGGCCCUGGAAUGCCCGCCAUGAACAUGGGUCCCGGUGGCCGCGGGCCCUGGCCCAACCCCAACGCCAACUCCAUUGCCUACUCCUCCUCAUCCCCUGGGAAUUACGUGGGCCCUCCUGGGGGUGGUGGCCCCCCCGGCACCCCCAUCCUGCCCAGCCCCGGAGACUCCACCAACUCCAGCGAGAACAUGUACACCAUGAUGAACCCCAUCGGAGCCGCGGGGAGCCGGCCCAACUUCCCCAUGGGGCCCGGAGCCGAGGGGCCCCUGGGCGGGAUGAGCGCCAUGGAGCCGCACCACAUGAACGGGUCCUUAGGCUCCGGGGACAUGGACGGGCUGCCAAAGAGCUCCCCCAGUAAUUUGGGGGCCCUGAGCAACCCCCCCGGGACCCCUCGGGACGACGCCGAGCUGAGCAGCAAUUUCCUAAAUCCCUUCCAAAGCGACAGCUACUCGCCCAGCAUGACAAUGAGCGUGUGAGCCCCGCGCCGAGGCCGCCGACAGCCAGACGCCCUCACCCACCACCGAAAAAAAAAAAAAAAAAACAAAAAAAAAAAACCAAAAUAACAAAAAAAAAAAAAAAUUCAUUAAUUUUAAUGAUCAGCCCACACCCCCCCCCGGCCCCG